AUGACAUCCUCCCAUUCUCACCGCACAUGCGUGGCUCCGGGAGCGCGCGGCGAUCGGCGGUGCGCUGUGUCCCUAGGACACAGCGGAUCACCAAUCUACGGAAAGAGCCAAAGAUGUUGGCUCGGUCAUGUGAUCAGCUGUGUCCAAUCACAGCUGAUCACAGAUCAUCAGAGCACUGAUGAUCAGUGUACCCUGAUCUGUGUAGCCCCAGCAAUGCCACCUGUCAGUGUUCAUCAGUUCCAGCUCUGUGCUCAUCCAUGCCACCUGCCAGUGCCACAUCAAUGCCACAUAUCAGUGCCCAUCUGAGCUGCCUUUCAGUAUCACCUAUCAAUGCCAGUCAGUGCCACCUGUCAGUGCUGCCUAUCAGUGCCGCAUAACAGUGCCAGUCAGUG